UCCCGGCUCCCCAGCAGGCGCGACCAGCUGACCGGAUUCCUGGCCGGCCGCUCCAGCUCCGCCUCCUCGCUCGGCCUGGGCCCUCCUUUCCUGCUCUUGCUCCUGCUCGUCCUGGCGUGCCCUGGCGGGCUUCGUCCCGCCCUCCCCGGCCUGCCGCUGCCCGAGCCUGCGGGCGCCCAGGGCUCCGGGGCUACUUGCACACGCGGAGCAGCGUCUGCCUCGGGGCGCCUGGCACGAGCGGCGGGAGGAGGACGCAGAUGAGGAGGUUGAGGUUUUUUCCAAGAAAAAGCUCAAGAGGAAGAAGAUCGUUUUGUAUAUUCUUACAGACAUUUGGAAACUUCAAGCAUUGGAAUAUUUUUGAAACUCUACUCCUCAUAUAUAGAGUCAAGAUUAUAUUAUCUAUCAUUUAAGUUAUGUCAUUCUUCGGGUUGUGAAGUGUAUUAUUCAAUGUAUAUGCACUAUUAUCUCCAGGAGAGGGCAGCAUUUUACUACAUCAGCUCUGAAAUCUUGGAGCAAAACUCAGAGUUCGUGCCAGAUCAAACAAGUUCAGAAGUACAAAUGGAGGACUGGUCAAAAGGCUCUGUCUUGCAAAAGACCGAAGUUCCUGGCUGCUUCGCCGAUUCUACUAGUGAGCUCAGCAUCAAGAUCUAUGUUGCUGAAAUUUAUAAACCGGAAGAAAAGAAAAAAAUUGGAACAAAAGUCUAUCAAAAUUCUUCUAAAAGCCUUCAAGAAAAACAGGAACUGAUCACUCAAUGCAAUACUGAAGCAGAUAAACUGCCAGAUAUGCCAACAACAAGCCUGUGGAAAAUUCAGACUACUAGUGUCCAAAAUAUUUGUGUAGAAGAUGUUGCCUCUCAUUUUACUAAUGAACUGAGAUCUGCAGAACAAGGUGGCAGAGUGCUCUCUGACUUUGUGACCUCUUGGAAGGAUGCUGCCAACCAAGAUAAAGAAAUGAAUAUUUCAUUUCUUUUAAAAGAAUUGGACUUUGAGAGAACCAACAAUAGAAAGCUUCAAGAUAAGCUGGCUGAAAAGGACAAGGAGCUGAAGACAAUAAAGCUGGACUUAGAACUGCAAGAGAGAGCUACGGAAGCUAAGAUUGCAGAAAAGACUGCAGCUCUGGUAGAAGAAGUUUAUUCUGCUCAACGGGAGCGCGAUGAGGCUGUUAUGGCAAGGCUUAGGUUAGCCAAUGAAGAGAGAGAUGAAGCACUUCUCCGAGCACAGCAUUUGGAACAGUAUCUUAAAGAGCUAGAAAAUAUUAACCCUGAAGAAAAUGACAUGACAUUACAGGAAUUACUGAACAGAAUAAACAAUGCAGACACAGGGCUAGCUAUACAGAAGAAUGGAGCUAUAAUUGUGGAUCGAAUACACAGGACCAAGGAACGUAAAAAGAAAAUAACAGCUGAGGAAAUGAAUGCAGUGAUAGAAGAAAGGGAUGCUGCUUUGUCUGAAUGCAAACGGCUGGAGCAGGAGCUUCAUCAUCUGAAAGAGCAGAACCAGACUUCAGCAAACAACAUGAGACAUCUGACUGCUGAAAACAAUCAAGAACGUGCUCUGAAGGUGAAGUUGGCAACUCUGCAGCAAGAGAGAGAGGCUGCUGUUCACCAGUGUCAAAAACUAGAAGAAGAAAUCCAGACUCUGCGAGUUUAUUACAGCUUACACAAAUCUUUAUCCCAAGAAGUAAGCCUGAAGGAUCAGCUUAACUGUACCCUUAGUACAUAUGAAGACGCACUGAAAAGCAGGGAGGAUAUUGUGUCCGCUACUUAUCGCCAAAAUCAAGAGUUAGCAACCAAACUGCAGAAAGCCAUAACAGACCGAAAAGACAUGGAAUUGAAACUUCAGGGAGCUUUAGAAGCUUCAGAAGAGGCCGACAAAAAAAUUCAAAAGUUGGAAAGGCUGGUGGACGUCCUGAGGAAGAAGGUUGGAGCAGGGACCAUUAGGACCGUGAUCUGAUUGAAAGCUCCAGUCUAGGGAAGCAUUCACAUCUGGUGACCAGGCUGCUUCAUUCAGCACUAUGUAAACACUAAAGCCUUAACUUAGCAAACAGUUGUUAGAAGUGGGACACUCCAACAACAUUCCAAGCUGAGAUAAAAUCAAAUCAUAAAUGUUUAACCACUUU